AAUAUGCCUGAAUCUGUAUAACAACAUUUAUUCAUAUUAACUUUACUUCCAAACAGCUAUAGAGGGUUGGAAAUACAUCACUACGCGUUUUUACCUCUAUUACAGUGUCGGUAGAUAAGAUGCAAAAUCUAAUGAAUACAUGGUGGUAGACAGCCAUUCCGUGCUUUCGCGAUAAUAUUAAUUAUCGUGAUCUCUAGCUGAGAGAGCAAUCGUAACCGUCCAAAUGUCCGUCUAGCUCUCGAACGGCAGACUACUCGGGCUAUAUAUUUGUUUAACAGGUUUUGGAGGUUACCAGGAAAAGCAAAGACUGAGCAACACAAGAGACAAAAUGGACCACGAUCCAUUUGACGACAGUUCAUUUCACGAGUCUGUUAUUGGCGACACAAGCGAGGCGUCGGACGCCUACCCAGCAGCCCGACGUUCGACAGCAUCGUUAAUUCCUAAUUCUCCAGGGUUUGAGCAUGGUUUUGGAGGUUACCAGGAAAAGCAAAGACUGAGCAACACAAGAGACAAAAUGGACCACGAUCCAUUUGACGACAGUUCAUUUCACGAGUCUGUUAUUGGCGACACAAGCGAGGCGUCGGACGCCUACCCAGCAGCCCGACGUUCGACAGCAUCGUUAAUUCCUAAUUCUCCAGGGUUUGAGCAUGGAUAUGUUAAUUGUGGUAUCCCUGGUCUCAGGAUUCUUGUAUUCGAUGUUCAGAAAGCGGCAAACUCUUCUAGUGUGCACGGGAAGAUAUAUACGACUACCAGCUGUGACAACCUACUAACAAUUGUGGCAGAGAUGUGCUUAGUAUCAGAAGAGUAUGUUGUCAUUGAUUUGCAAAACAUGCCACGUAUUGCUGUCAUUGCUGAUCCUGUAUUACAGAAGGAAAACCUUUUUCUGGUAACAAGCGAAAUCAAUGGAAGCCAGUAUUGCGUGAGCGUUCACAAAACCAUGACGGUAGCUACAUUCAUUAAUACUGUUGGAAAAAAUCGAAGAAAGGAACAUGCAGAAAUGCUGUACCUAAUUUUAAAAGGGCGAAUAUAUAAAAGCUCAACUCAAGAGCUUUGCCAAAUAGUGGGACCAAGUCAUUUGAUCGAGUUCAAGUUCAUGAAACAGUUACAAUUGAAGGUGAAGUGUCAUUAUCAUUGCACGCCAGGUGUUGAAAUUCUGUACCAUUUAGUCUGCUUCAAUACCGACACAGUGGGAGAACUAAAAAUGAAAUUCAUUCGACAGUUCGGAAACGAAUUUCCAUCCAGUUUGGAUAAAAGUGUCGAAAUUAAUUUUUCCUAUCAUACACGAGUUUUGACAAAUGAUGAAUAUUUUCUUCUUGACGGGGAACCAGGCAGAAAUGAACCUGGAUUGUCAGUUGCUCGACUGGGCGAUCUCACUAUACAUGUGGCCAGCAAAGACAACAGGCCAGUGUGUGUUACCUUUACGGAGUCGGGAAAACGAACUGUUAAGAAAGUAAUCGUAACAGAAAAAUCCUCAACAACAGAAGACCUACGGUUAGUCAUCGGGAAUCAUUUUAAACAGGAACCCAACUCAUUGAAACUGAGGUUGAACUUGAAAAAGAAGAAAAUACCAGACGACAUGGUCCUGGAGAAAAUAGAUGGAUUCUUACCAAACUGUCACAUCUUUGCUGAAGCAUCAGACAAAACAAGGUUCAUGAUCAAAAUAUCCCGAGAAGGCAAAUCAUCUACAAGAAUUGUGGAGAUGUACAAAUACGACAAAGUGAGCCAGUUACGAGAUCUCCUGGCAACAUCAGAAAAGACAAAUGUCUUUUCUGUACAAUUGUGCUACUCGGGAAAAGAAAUGGAUGACGAUAAACGGUUGAAGAUAUAUCAUAUCGGCCAAGAAGACACCAUAAAAAUGGAGAUAUUUAACAAUCGCAUUGAAGUAAGAAUCAGAUGUCUCGGAAUGCCCCCAGUGACAGUUGUCAUAAAUAACGCAUGCGAAACCACCGUUCUGGAUCUGAAGAGUUCUUUGUCCACCAAAAUCGGUAUAGCCGUUUCAGAAAUUAAUAUAAUUUUUAAUGCAACAUCUCUGAACAACGGAGACACCCUAGUCGAUGCGGGUAUUCACAGUUCCAACAUCGUCAUCGUGCGCAGAUUCUCACCGCCUGAAAGAAAGUAUGUUGGUGGGAUAUUUCCGCUGUACCACGUUGAUGAACUAGGUGUAGUGCAAAAAAUCCGAAAAGUACUGAUUCAUUGUGGAAGACUUCUGUUUCUUGAAGAUGAUGAGAAAAUGGAUACCUUGUCUGACAAUAUCCAGCAAAAUGAUCCAGCUGAAACUGGUCCAAAAGGUAUACGACUGGUAGAGGACCAACAAAACGAAGAGAUCUCUAAUCAGCGCCAGGACGAACAAACGGGAAUGAAGCCAGGCAACCACUUCACGAAUUCAUACACUUCGUCAUCCACAGAAGACAAUGAAUUGGUUCCACCUGAAACAUCACUGACGUACACAGCAAGAAAUACGAGCGAAGCCGACACCACCAACGUCAGUUCAAAUACAUGGCCUAAAAAUGGAAGUCGUCAUAGCGAAAAUCAGAUUGUAAUAAGAAGUACUUUAAUUACAGCAAAUGCACAGACAAAUAUAUCAACAUCAUCAACAAUGUUCCCAAAUUCAUUCAUUCCAUCCACAGCCGUGGCGUUGCAGAGUGUGUAUCAAAGCAAAGUGCUUAAACAUAUAGACGGCACCAUCAUGGAAGCAGAGUCUCAUGUAUUCCACACAAGUAUGUCCAUUGAAGACCUGGCCCAUCUGUCGGGAUCUGUCAGUGAAGACUCUUACUUUGGGGCAGGUACCAAGGGUUCUUCAAGCUGCAUCCUGAGUCGAAACAAAGACAGACGAGAAAUAGCUUUGCAGGAAGAACCCGUGAAAGACGACCUUACAAGACGUUUUAGAGACAUCGCAAAUGAACUUGGGUCUGAAUGGCAGCGUUUAGCACUGAAUCUUGGAUUGGUAAAGAAGGACAUCGACCAAUUCAUGAACGAGCAUCCUAGACACUUGAUGAUGCAAGCUUAUACCAUGCUCUCCUUUUGGUACGAAAAGGAAGGAAAGUCUGCAUCUAAAGACGCACUUGUUCGCGGUUUACAGGAGUCUGAAUUAAAUUCCAUUGCUGAAUUGUUAGAGGUCUGACAUAUUAUCGUUGUUUCAACUCACACCACGUGUCAUCAUUGUUUUCACUGGAUGAAUGAAUGAAUGUUUAACGACACCCUCAGUACGAAAAAUACAUCUGCUUUUGGGUGUCAAACCAUGGUACUGAUACUACCAACUUAGACGGAGUCAACUCGCGGAUGUGUGUUUUUGCAAGUUGUGAUCUUGUUAUAACUUGAUUUUGAUACAAUUUGUACAAUACCAUUUUGAGUAACUGAUAUAUUGCAUUCAGUUUAAUUAUUGAGCACUAUAAGCUAAAAUCUACAACAGCCUAUAUGUAUUAUUUAAUCAGAACCCCAACGGAACACAACCCAUAACCCCAACUUCCACUGGCGUAGGAUUUUAGAUUGGGGAGGUGGGGGCAACCUACUAUUGGGGAAAGCAACCCACACUAUGUAUAUCUGUAUGUAUGUCUGUAUGUCUGUCUGUAUGUAUGUAUGAUUUUAUAAAAUUUAAUACAGUAGAAAAAAGGUUUGAUUGGGGGCCAUGGUCCCCUCGCUACGCCACUACCAACUUCUUAUAUCAAAUGUGGACAAAACUCCAAGCAAUUUUAUAUUGAAUUUAUAACAAAUUAGUAAAACUAUUUAUCACUGCACAGGUUCUUGCAGAUGUUAUAUUUACACAUUACAUAUAUUUAAACCUGAUAGAGAUGUCAAUACCAUCUAGGGGCGAGACGUAGCCCAGUGGUAAAGCUCUCGCUUGAUGCGCGGUCGGUUUGGGAUCGAUCCUCGUCAGUUAGCUCAUUAGGCUAUUUUUCGCUCAAGCCAGUGCACCACGACUGGUACA